UUAGGCCACCUGGGUUUUGCUUCAAACAGCUGUAUCUUAAGACGCCGCAACAUUUACCUAUAUUUAAUAAAAUAUCGUACUUUUGUUUAGUAUCUAAAUUAUGCCUUAUUAUCAGACAUGGGAAGAGUUUGCCCGAGCGGCUGAAAAACUCUAUUUGACGGAUCCGAUGAAGGUCAGGGUAGUUCUGAAAUAUCGACACUGCGAUGGAAACAUCUGUAUGAAAGUCACCGAUGAUGCUGUGUGUUUACAGUACAAGACUGAUCAGGCCCAAGAUGUGAAGAAGAUUGAGAAACUGCACGGCAAGUUGAUGAGAUUAAUGGUCUCAAAAGAGACACACAGUGGAGCCAUGGAAACGGACUAAAUGAAUCCUAGGACCUUUCAGUCUUGGACCGUUGUUUGUGACAGUCUGACUCUCAAAUUUUAAAGAGUCACCGAUCUGCAGGUGGAUGGAGACGUUUGGUUGAUGUUUGACUAUAUUGAGAAUGUCCAAAUCAUGCUCGCUUGGAUUUUGGAUGGAGCAAGUUGCAGGAACUUCCCACAAGAGGAUGAUAUUUGUUUAUAUUUGACCAAGUCAUAGUUUGUGUUAUUUAAUUUGGUCUAAAAGUGGUUUUUAUCUGCAUCAACAUCAAGGGAAUAUGUUUUGUACCAAGGCCUUCUUUAUUUCUUUUAAAGCUGAUGGAAAUUAAAUCCCAGUCCUGAAGUUUAUCUACAAUGUAUGUACAAAGAACCUAAAUAAAUUUUUGUUCUUC